AUUGCAAUAAUUCAUGUUGUUUGUUUUGUUUAGUUCCCCCGACUAGCCUGGCGUUGUAUCUACAUGAAGAACAACGAAGUAUUACAGAGUAUACUGUACUGCAACCAGUUAAAGAGAAUACACCGUACUCAGCCAGUUGUACUACAAACACAGGGAACCCGUUGCCUCGCCUUGUCUGGUUUAUAGGAAAAGAUAUAGUUGAUGAUAGUUACCAGGAACAAGAUGGAGCUGUUUUCAACCAUCUGACAGUUCCACAUUUACCAAGAGAAUGGGCUGGCCGGAAUCUGACUUGUCAGGCUUCUAACAACAAUAUUUCUACUCCUCUCACCCUUCCCAUUCUUCUCAACAUGUUCACCUACCCAGUGUUUAUUAAACUGACUGGACCAGAAGGGGAAAUGAGCGAUGGAAAUAAUUACUCCUUUCAGUGUGAAAGCGAAGGCUCAAACCCGCCAGCUGAUUUGGAAUGGUUUCUUAAAGGAAAAAAGAUUCCUAAUCCUCAGGUACUAAAAUCCGGGAAUUCUUCCAGUUCAAACUUAUCAAUAAUCGCGGACUAUAGGUUGGAUGGGGAAAAUGUAUCCUGUAUUGUAUUUAAUAAGGAACUGAAACACAAGAAACUUAUUUCAAAUCACACUCUCAGUAUUCAAUAUUCUCCAAUAUUAAAGUUAACGAUGGGGGCAAACUUGAACUCAAACAAAAUAAUUCAGGGAACUGAUGUCUUCUUCCAAUGUUCCAUUCUCAGCAAACCAAAGGAAUACAAGGUUGAAUGGUACAUGAAUGAUGAGAGAGUUGAAGAAAAUAUUUCUGCUGGAAUUAUUAUUACAGAUUCCUCGCUUGUAAUUCAGAAGGUUGGAUUGAUGGCAGGAGGAGAGUAUGGAUGUCGGGCCAGCAACAUUCAGGGAGACGGAUACAGUAAUAAGAUUCAUCUCAAUAUUCUAUAUGCACCGAGGUGUAGUAGAAGCAAAGGAUCUCAUCUAGUUCCAAUUAGAUCCCGGAGAAACCUAACCUGCUCCGUAGACUCUAAUCCUCAACCUUCGUCCUACUACUGGUCCAUUAAUACUACUGGACAAGAAUUUAAACUCUUAAAUCAAACUGAGGGGUUCCUCGAUUUAUCCACAAUAGAGACGGAGGGAACCCUGGAAUGUUUUGCAAUAAACAGUAUUGGAGAAAUGCAGAAACCUUGCUCAUGGACUGCUGUAGAAAUAGGUAUCCCAGACCCUCCUACUCAAUGUAAAAUCUUAAAUCAAUCUGUUUCUUGGAUGGAUAUUUCUUGCAAUCCUGCCUGGGAUGGAGGGCUAGAUCAAGUAUUUCAUCUGGAAGUUUAUAACAGUUCUCCUUUUACUCUCAUCAGGAAUAUAUCCAACACUGGCGCACCAGCCUUCACUGUAAAGAGAUUAGAACCUGCUCAGCACCUAACUAUGACCAUCUACUCCUCAAAUGCAAAAGGACGGAGCAGUGUGAUUGAGAUUGAAAGUAGUACUUCAAAAUUAGCAGCAGCAGUUUUAUCAGAUGGCGUAGAGGAAGCAGACAGAGCAGAGGUUCCACUAGGAAUAAUACUGGGAGUAACUUCAACACUGCUCAUCAUAAUCAUCAUCAUCCUUCUGCUCAUACUAGCCAGGAGGCACCGGGGAGAGUCAAUGCCAUCUGACGAAGAAAUGGAGAUUCGGUUAAGUACUAAUCUGCUUGAAAAAUCAAGAGAAACACCAAUUUUAACUUCUUCAUCUCUCCUUUCCAAACCAAACCAGUUAGAGCGGCAAGGACAGAAAAAUGCGGGAAAACCCCGGUUAUUAGACUCCACAGAGCCAGAGCCAGGCAUAUCUGAUGGGAGAUUCCUGCGGUCAUGUACCGGCACGCCGGACUCUCAAUAUCUGUUGCACGGUGAUGAGUACACCAAUAAUGAGGCAUUUAAAGAAGAUGAUUACAAAAUUUAUUCUCCAGAUGAAGACACAGACACGUUCAGUGAUUUCGAGCGAAAACAAUUCAAAGGAAAGAUACUAAACCCAUCCGUAAGAAAUAUAAAUAUUAAAAUUAAUCCAAAUUAUAUGUGAUUUGUUAUCAAAAGUUUAUAAAUGUUUAUUAUAUAUGUACAAAAUAUAUUGUGCAAAGAUU